AUGGCUACGAGAUUUGGUAACUCGGAUAUUCACUACAACAAGGACUUUGAUGACGUUGACGAAGAAGGUGUUUUGGUCAUAAACAAGACCAACAGAGACCAGGCAAAAUACCCCGAGUUUUUGCCAACAUGGGAUCCUAGACACAAAUACCCGCCAUUGAAGUUCCACAAAUACAUCGACCCUGCAAGCAGAGCCGACCCAAGUUUCCCCAACUUGUUCCCCAAGGAUAAAGACUACACAAUUACCAGAAUCACCCCGAAAUUCGGAUCUCAGAUUGAUGGGAUCCAACUAUCCCAAUUGAACGAUGCAGGCAAGGAUGAGUUGGCUCUCUUGUUGGCACAAAGAAAAGUCUUGUUGUUCAAUGACCAGGAUUUUGCAAGCCACGGCCCCGGGUUUGCAGUUGAAUUUGGCAAAUACUUUGGUCCGUUGCACAUCCACCCAAGUUCAGGUUCCCCUAGAGGUCACCCUGAGUUGCACAUUACAUACAGAAGACCAGAGAAGGGGGAGUUGGAAAAAGUCUUUUCUGAUAGAACGACAAACACUGGCUGGCACAGUGAUGUCACUUAUGAGUUGACCCCAAGCAGAUUCACCGUUUUCCAAGUGUUGGAGAGUGGCGAUGGUGGUGACACUGUUUUUGCCGAUACUGCUGAAGCCUAUAGAAGACUAUCUCCAGCUAUGCAAAAGAGAUUGGAAGGGUUGCACGUUUUGCACACCAGCGAAGACCAAGCUGCCAAUUCGACAUACCAAGGCGGUGUCGAGAGAAGAAAAGCUGUGUCAAACAUCCAUCCCUUGAUUAGACUAGACCCAAUCACCGGUGAAAAAUCAAUCUACGUCAAUCGCGCGUUUGGAAGAAGAAUCGUUGAGUUUAAGAAGGAAGAGAGCGAUUACAUGUUGAACUUUUUGUACGACGUGAUUGAAAAGAGCCAGGAUUUGCAAUUGCGAGUGAAUUGGGAAGCCGGCAAGAGAAACAAGGUUGCCUUGUUUCACAACAGCGGUGUUUCGCACACGGCCACAUUUGACACUGAGGACGGUGAAGUUAGGCACGCUUACAGAAUCAGUGUCUUGGGCGAGCGCCCUAUUGCCAAUCUUGAGGAUUUGAACAAGGAGGAGUAUAGUCCUGGGGACUUGGAGCAAGCUUUGAAAGGAAUCAAGCCUAAGUAA